ACGACGGAGACGCGCAGCGUGUCUCCGGCUGAGAAGAAUGGAAAAAGGGGAUAGAGUAGUGGACUCUGUGUGUACGUGUAGACGAGGGCAACGCGUGGAAAAAAAGAUGAGGAUAAUGGGCAGAAUUUAAAUAGAUUUUAUUUAAAAUAGAUAAAUACACAUAUCAGGAGUUUCCCCUCUCGCUGUGGACGUUUACUCCCAUUGGAGCGCAGACCAGAGGAGAGGAGAGGAGCCUCUUUGUGAAUCCUGUUUCACUCCCCAGAGUGAAGUGGCAGUGUCAUCUGACCUUUAACCUCAAUAGAAAGAAAGAAAGAAAAGCCACUUCAGAGAUGGACCAGGUAUCUGAUGAUGAGUUGGACCAUGGAGCAGAGGAAGACAGUGACAAGGAGGACCAGGACCUGGACAAGAUGUUUGGAGCCUGGCUGGGAGAGCUGGACAAGCUCACACAGAGUCUGGAUGAUGGCAGGCCGCAGAAAGCACUGCAGAAACCUCCUCUCAGGCAGGAGACGAACAUGGCCAACUUUUCCUACCGCUUCUCAAUGUAUAACAUAAAUGAGGCAUUGAACCAAGGCGACACAGUGGACCUGGAUGCCCUGAUGGCUGACCUGUGCUCCAUCGAGCAGGAGUUGAAUACCAUUUCCAAACCAAACUCAACUUCUCGCAGCCAGAGCAAAGGGCAGCAGAGGGCAGCUGGAGGGCGCAGUGCUAGCACUAAGCACACAGGCACCAGUGGAGGAGGAAGCAGCGGAGGAAGUGCAAGCAGCAGUACUCGAGCAUCACCGGCCAACACGGUACGAGGUGGCAGCGCCACUGCUCGCCCUGCGGCCUCUAACAUCUCCCUAGAUGACAUCACCUCUCAGCUAGAGAAGGCCUCCCUGAGCAUGGAUGAAGCGGCACGUCAGACGUCCUCCUCUUCCUCCUCCUCGUCCUCAUUUUCCUCCAGCACCAUCCGGCGGCCCUCGUCCGGAUCGUCUGGCGGCGGAGGGCAGCAUCGGAGGACUGGUUCGGUCGGUGCUGUCACUGAGCAGGACGCACCAUCCCAGCGGUCUAGUGUGAACUCAGCAUGUGCCUCAGCUUCAAGCAUGGACUCCCUGGAUACGGAUAAAGUGACAGGAGGAGAGGUGGAGAGCCAGGGCAGCCCAACCUCACAAGGACAAAACCAAACCAAUACAGAGCAUGUCACGCUACGACGAGCCAACAGUAAGCCGGCCAGACGGCAGCUUGACUUCACCUCGCGAGAGGGUGAAGUGGAUCGGGCCACCCACUCCUAUCUGGACCAAGAAACCUCGCUCAUUCUGAAAAGCAUAGCUGGAAAGCCUUCUCACCUCCUGACCAAGGAGGAGCAAGCUGCCAAACUGAAGGCGGAGAAGAUCAGAGUCGCCCUGGAGAAAAUCAAGGAGGCACAAGUCAAAAAGCUGGUGAUCAGGGUCCACAUGUCCGACGAGAGCUCAAAGACCAUGAUGGUAGACGAGCGGCAGACAGUCAGGCAGGUGCUAGACAGCCUGCUGGAUAAGUCCCACUGUGGAUACAGCCCUGACUGGUCUCUGGUGGAAACCAUCACUGAGCUGCAGAUGGAGCGUAUUUUUGAGGACCACGAGAACCUGGUGGAGAAUCUGCUAAACUGGACCCGGGACAGCCACAACAAGCUCAUGUUCAUAGAGCGCAUUGAGAAAUACGCCCUCUUCAAGAACCCUCAGAACUAUUUGCUGGGGCGGAAGGAGACAUCAGAAAUGGCCGACAGGAACAAAGAGGCUUUAUUAGAGGAAUGUUUCUGUGGUGGCUCAGUGUCUGUGCCAGAGAUCGAGGGCAUCUUGUGGCUCAAAGAAGAUGGGAAAAAGUCAUGGAAGAAGCGUUACUUCCUCCUCAGGGCUUCGGGGAUCUACUACGUCCCCAAAGGCAAAGCCAAGGCAUCCAGAGAUCUCGUGUGCUUCCUGCAGUUGGACCAUGUUAACGUGUAUUACGGGCAGGACUACCGCAGCAAAUACAAAGCUCCCACUGACUACUGCCUGGCCUUGAAGCAUCCACAAAUCCAGAAGAAGUCCCAGUACAUCAAGUAUCUGUGCUGCGAUGAUGUGAGGACACUGCACCAGUGGGUGAAUGGAAUUCGCAUCGCAAAGUAUGGGAAGCAGCUGUAUUUGAACUACCAGGAAGCCAUGAAGAGGACAGAGGCAGCCUACGAUUGGUCCUCUCUCUCUACGUCUAGCAUCAGAUCUGGCUCCAGCUCCGCCAGCAUACCCGAGUCCCAGUCGAAUCAUUCGGGCCAUUCUGACAGCGGGGUGGAUACGGGCUCCUCUCAUGGGCGUUCCCAGAGCGUGGUAAGCUCCAUAUUUUCAGAGGCCUGGAAGAGGGGUACCCAGAUUGAGGAAAACUCAAAGAUGAGAAUGGAGGCAUCCAGAGGGGCCACGCUGCCGCAUGGUUCCCACAGCCACCGGCAUCACAGCCAGCAUUCAGUUGACCACUCAGCCCUGACGCCGCCUCCGCAGCAGCCUCAGGCGCAGCCUCCAUCACGGCCUCAGUCUCAGCCCCACCCCCAGCAGCAGCAGCAGCAGCAGCACCCCCCACAGCAUCAGCACCCAUUGGUGCAACCCCAGACGCCAAUUCAGCUGCAGCAGCAGCACCAGCACCCGCCUCCCCAGCAUCUGUCUCCUCAGGAGGCAGUGCCGCCACCGCCACCACCGCAGGCAGCACCACCGCCACCGCUACAACCACCACAGUCUGCUCAACUACAUCAACAGCAGCUGCAGAAGCAGCAACAGUCACAGGCCUUCAGCAACUACAACCACAUGCCCCCACAGGAGCAGCAGCAGCAGCAACCAGCUCCCGCACCCCCUCCACCUCCGCCACCUCCACCACCGCCUCCCCCACCCCCUCCACCAGUCCAGACGGUGUCAUAUCAGUCGCCGGCUCUCACAAUGUACAAGUACAGCACCAUCACCAGGCUGCAGAACCAGAAAGGAGGCAAGAUACCCUUUCACCUCCCUGCUACAGCCCAGCAGGUUCUGCCCACGACUCUGACACCACCUGCACUGCAGGCCAUCAAACCAAACGUCAAUCACAUUGCCGCAAGGACUAAUGUGCCCCCGCCUCCUCCACCACCACCUCCCCCUCCACCGUCCAUGCCAACCCCCGGGUCUGCCAUGGCUGUGCUGAAACUGGGCCCACCCAGUCCGGCUACUCCACCGGCUUUCAUCCCUCCACCGCCAGUUCCUCUGUCUGCUCCACAGACCAAUGGAAUUACAUUUCCUCCCCCUCCGCCGCCCCCACCGCCACCAGCUAUUGCAGCUGCUCCCAUGAGUCAGCCUGUCUACCACAGUGGACUCAAGCAAGCGCUGAAGGAGCGGUUUCCCAGCCCGCCGCGGGACCUCCCGUCUCCAAACGGUGGGCUCGAGGAUUCCCCACCACCUGCCCCCACACCGCCACCCCCGCCUCCUCCACCUCCACCACCGCCGCCACCACCUCCUCCUCCUCAACAGUUCCAAGUACCGGCCCAGUUUCCACCUCCCCCUGCACCCCUGGCAGCACCACUGAAAAACUUCAACCCAGGCUUUCUCCCUCAUACUGCCCCCAAGCCCAUGUCACCAGUCUCCCCUUUCCCUCCUGCCCCGCCUCCUGCUACAAUGAGUUGCCCGACCCCAGCUCCACCACCACCCCCUCCUCUACCUGCACCCCUUAAGAAGCAGUUCAGCCUCCAGACAGGCCACACCUCCACUCAACCCCCUCCAACUCUGCCUAAGCAGCAUAGUUUGUCUAAGCCACCAACCAUUUCCACAGGAGCCCCUCCCACCAUGUCUCUGGUGAAACAGCUAGCCAGUCAGUUCCCAGGAGCUUCAUCCCAAGCAGGCAAUCAAAUGGAGACUUCGAAAGCCCCACUCUCUCCCCCUGCAGUUAAAACCAAACCAAAAUGGCAGCGUGGGGGUGGCCAGCAGCUGCAGUCUCCCGAAUUCCCUCCUCCUCCUCCAGACAGCAACACCGGCUUCCCUGCUCAACCACCACCACCUCCUCCUCCUCCUCCUCCACCACCUCCCCCAGCACCAGUCACAGGUCCGACGCCACCUCCUCCUCCCCUUCCUUCUGGAAACAUGGGCUCCCCCAUACGGAGGUCACCCUCUGGUUCCUCUAGUUUUGGAGGCAAGAAACCUCCUCCCACCCCCCAGAGGAACUCCAGCAUCAAGUCCAACGCCUCAAACUCCUACGAGGAAUCCAGGAGAAAUUUGCUCAGCAAGUUUGCUCCCCAAGGCAACACCGCCCCUCCCUCCAAUGGAUCGCCUUCAAAGGAGCCCUCAAAUGGACCUCCUGCUCCCCCAAAACCAGGAAAGCUCAACCUGGCUAACCUGCCCCUGGCACUGCAGGCCAAGGUAAGCCAGGCAAAGCAGUCUAGUGGCGACUUCCCUUCCCCACCUCCUGAGUGCGCCUACUUCCCACCUCCUCCACCUGCCUCCGAGCUCUUCCCCCCUCCACCACCUCCAGGUAAUGACGCCCAUACGGGCGGACCUCCUCGAGUAGCAGUGGUGAAUCCCCAGCCCCAGGCUCCUCCUCCUCCACCACCCAUCUCCCUCGUCAGUAACUCAACAUGGGGAAAGAGCUCCCUGAAAAAGACUCCUCCGCCCACGCUCGGGCGGCGUAGUAACAACACCCCAGAACCACCUCCGCUCUCACCACCUCCACCCACUUCCCCAAAAGGUAGCUCAGGCCAGCCCAACUUCUUGGAGGAUCUGAACAGGACACUGAGGCGAAAGUCAGUGGGACGCCAGGGCUCCACCAACUCCGCCGGCCUCUCAGGCAAGUUGGACCCCGCGGGGACCAUGGACGACAUGGCGCUGCCCCCGCCGCCUCCUGAGCUGCUCCUGGACCAAGGAAAGCAAAGCAACGGAGGAAACGGUGGCUAUAUGUCCGGAAACAUCUCAGGCUAUGCAACACUACGACGAGGACCCCCUCCUGCCCCACCCAAAAGAGGGGAUGGCACCAAGCUUACUGGAUAGUAGUUGAACUUGUCGAUAAGGACACAAUGAAGACGAAUGAAUAGACAAUGAAAUAAUAUACUGAAGUAAAAAUGCAUUAGUGGACUACUCUUUUCUUCUCCUGGGGACACGUUAAUAAAUGACUGUGUAUAUACUAAAAGCCAAACCAGACCAUCUUCAAUUAGUGUUUGCUAGUUCUUCAUUUUUUUUAUUGCUUGGCUUUCUGGAUGAGUGAGGUUUACAAUACUGGGACACUUUAGACUCAAACAGGUUAAGUUGGAGGUGUCUAAACUAUCCAAGCUCCCUGGAACAUGAAGUUUUUGCCCCGUACGGUAUAACCCCACUUGUCUGGUACACCAAGCAGCUCUGAGUAAACACUAAUAAUAAGACUUUGUGCAAAUAUUACUGGAUCCAGGUCUGAGCCAAAUCAUGCAUCUGCUUCUUUGCCACAAGUUUGUGCCACGUUACUGGAGACGCAACACAGAAAACAACAAAAACUCAUCAUGAUCUCUCUGCUUUGGUACUGCAUGGACAACAUGUAAACAACAAGCUGUAAAACAUGAAGCUGUGUGCGUGCAUGUGUGUACGUGCGUAUGUGUGUGUGUGUGUGUGUGUGUGUGUGUGUGAGAGAGAGAGAGAAAUGGACUGAACGUGCAUCCAUGCAUUGAGUGCAUGCAUGCGUAUGUGAUGGUAUGGUGGUAGUAGUUAAUCAUCAUUAGGGAAGGCCUUCAUGGAACAGGGAUUGUCAGGUUUGCUUUUAUAUAAAAUUAUUUAAAGAUUGGUAAAUGGAAGGAUUUUUUUUUAUAUGUAUAAGUGUCUUUUAAAUAGAUUAAAGCCUAGAGAGGAGCAGAUCAACAUUAGCGCACAAUGGAAUGUAUCUGGAAGAAAAGAAAGGCAAUGAUUCAGUAAAAUCUUUUGUCUUAAGCGUUUCUAGACUGUUUCACCACUUGACAAAUGCAAAUCAGAAGGAAGCCUUACUCUUAAAGUCUUGCACAGAGGUCAAAACAGAAAGGAAGUAUCUUCUAAAGGUUUCCAAAAAAAUGGCAUGGACUGUGCGGCUGGAUUUAAUUUAAUGCAAAACUUGUACUGGACUUUGUAGAAAAGGAGAGAGGAGGAGGAGGCCUGGGGUGGUUAUCUUUGUGGACUGUGUGAGUUCCCUGUGUGCUGGCUUGAUUUCGGACCUUAUCCUUCAGUUUGUAUCUGUACAGUUGCAGCUGCUGCUCCGUUACCGUUGGUUCCCCCGCCGCCUUCUUAAGUUCACCGUCCAGGAAGUGGUGAGCACCGGCUGGAUUCAGCCACGUGAAGUAUCGAAGGAGAGGUGCAUUUUAUCCGGUUAAUGUACAGAGCGUCGAAUCAUGUAGUUUAUUAUAACACGAAUCAUCUGAAUGUUCAAUUCAACUUUGUGUCUAUGGAAUCUCGUUUCCUCGUGGUGCCAUUGCUGCUCCAUCUCUUGGUGCACAGGGUCAGAGGUUAUCUAGAGGGUCGACUAUGAAGGGUUUCCAUUUCUAGCAGCGAUGCCUUCGUUUUUAGGGUGCUAGUGCUGUCCUUUGACAUGUCCGUGUGUGCCAGGAUGACAUAUCAUGAAUAUUUCAGAUCAUUUAGACUGGCUUUGGUGUGGGGUGGUGUUGAUUCCAUACAAGGCCUUGAAGACAGUGUAUCUUUUUUUUUUUCUUAUAACUGAGCGUCAUUGUCCUUACCGGGAUGUUUGCUGCAGUACAGUAUGUAAGUUAUAUCGAUGUGCUGAGGCGAACACGUGGGGCCAGAUGAAGAAAAACGUUUGCAGAUGAGAGUAAAUGUUUCCUCUUGCAUAUAAACUGAAAAUCACAAUAUAAAUGUUUAAACCAGA